GUCGACUAGUGAUGCCGUUUUUGUACCGGUAUAAAACCUAUAAUAGGAUAGGUUUUAGGUUAACCUGUACCUAUCGCGGCAUCACUAUCGUCGACCCCGCCGCAACACUCAACUAACUUAUCAUGUCAGGACGUGGAAAGGGAGGAAAGGUGAAGGGUAAGGCAAAGACCCGCUCCAGCCGUGCCGGACUUCAGUUCCCCGUCGGCAGAAUCCAUCGUCUGCUGAGGAAGGGCAACUACGCUGAGCGCGUCGGUGCCGGCGCCCCCGUCUACCUGGCCGCCGUCAUGGAGUACUUGGCCGCUGAAGUCCUCGAGUUGGCCGGCAACGCCGCCCGCGACAACAAGAAGUCGAGAAUCAUCCCCCGUCACUUGCAGCUCGCCAUCCGCAACGACGAGGAGUUGAACAAGCUGCUCUCCGGCGUCACCAUCGCCCAGGGAGGUGUCCUGCCCAACAUCCAGGCCGUCCUCCUCCCCAAGAAGACCGACAAGAAGGCAUAAGUCUUCAUCAGAACUCCGAAAAUCGGCCCUUUUCAGGGCCACUCAAA